GUCUGGGCGGUGUUGUCGUUAUUAUUACCAAUUUGUCACUUUCACAAUUCUAAAAUUUAAAUCCGAUUUAUAUCACAGAUUGCCGGCAUCAAGACACUUUUCAAAGAGAGAACACAAAACAACAUAGAUGUGAUAUGGAUACAACAUCUGUUUUGUACUAUGUUAUGCUGAUACCUAGUACACUGAUUGUUUUUGUUAUUUGUUUGUUUCUGCGCUGGAUUGGAUUGAAAUUUUUCCGCCACAAUUAACAGCUGAAGAACCAGUCAAAUAAAUAGUGACAUUUAUUAUAAAGAAUAAAAUGAGUUCUGAAGAAAACACAAACCAGUCCUUUCCAGGAACUAGCCAAUCAGAUGACAUGUUACAGUCAAUUGACCAAUCAGGAUUAACGUUGUUUAAUUCAAAAGAUGAAGACUCAGAUACAGGAGAGGAAGAAUCAGAGACUUACUAUUUUGAGUCUGACCAUACUGCACUGAAGGGUAACCAUGACUACCAAAUGAUGCUUCGAGCAAUAGCAACGUUAGAAGCACAAAGGAUUCAAGCUGUGAAAGAUCUGGACAAGUUAUACGAGUGUCAGAAAGAGGCAUUGACUGACCCGAUACAGUUUGUGGACAAGCUGCAGAGAGGACAGGACUUGAAAUUUCCUAAACCUCAAAAUAUUGUUGAGCUUCCACAAAUCAGCUGGGAGAAAUACACAAGUAAUCUGGAUUUCUCCUCGUUUGGUACGCACAGACACAUGACUAGACUGAAGAAACAGUUGAAGGAAGGAAAUAAUAUCUCAAGUUUAGAAGAUCAAAAAUCAUCUGUAAAAACUGAAUCAGAGGGAGUUAUUCGGGGUCGUGUGAAGACAGAAAAGAAAUCAGAGACAUUCAACCUUUUAUGGACACCAGAGGAACAGAAAAGACUUGAAGAAUUGCUCAUAGAAUAUCCACCAGAGGAAGUGGAAGCUAAAAGGUUUCAGAAAAUUGCAACAGCACUGGGAAAUAGAACCCCUAUACAGGUGCAGAGUAGAGUGCAGAAGUACUUCAUAAAGUUAGCAAAUGCUGGUUUGCCAAUCCCUGGCAGAUUGCCAAAUAUGGGUCUUUAUAAGAAAAAAGUACUAAGAAUAUUAUUGUGUUUACAGAAUCAGAAAGGUCAAAGAUAUCAGAAGAUGUAUAAUCCUUCAACAUUUUUUACGUCAAUUAUUCCUCCAGUGUACAUGUCUGAUGAUGAUAACUCUCAAAGUUACGAGGGUAGUGUUGUAUCGAAUACAGAAACGUUCGAUUAUAAGGAGGAAAAUGUAUCGGAUGAUGAAAGUAUACCUGUAGAGCUUAGAAGUACACCAGAAUACCAAGAACUGAUUAACUUGAAGCGACUUCGGAAAGAAAAGCUUGGCUAUAAAGCCACACCUACUGAACAUGUAGGAUUUAAGUGUGAUCGUUGUGACAUAGAGCCGAUUGUUGGCACCAGGUGGCACUGUACUGACUGUCCUCCAGACAUCGCCGUAGAUUUCUGUGAACAGUGCGUGGACUGUGGAUAUGAAACAAAGACACACAACUCUAGUCACAGAUUGAAACCUAAGAGAGCUACAGACAGUUCCACGUAUAUGGACUCAGACUAUAUAGGGUUUAUUCCGGGAGGUGCUUGUACAGGAUAUAAUUACUUGGAUCCGAACUAUAUGCCAGCAAGUUGACAUUGAUUCAGCAGAUUGUUGUGUUUAUUGGAACUGAGAGACCUGCAAAUACAUUGUGAAAAGUGAAUUGGUCAGGGUAAAAAUAAUGAUGUUAAGAAAAAAGGAAACUCGUUUUUUUUCAGACUUUUUUUUUAUAGCAGAGGGUACAACAAAAUGUGCAGAAUAAAAAGUUUUUUGAAUGAAUGUUGUAAAUUUAUGUUAAUUUUAGAAUAAAAUAUUCACAAAGAAG